AUGAAGCACAGACCGAACACACCGGUGGCGAAUGACAACCAGAGCCUUGGCCGAGUGGUGACGGAAUUCAUUCUGCUAGGCUUUCCUCAGGUCCGCGUAUUGGAGGUCUCCGUCUUUGCCGUCUGCUCUGUCAUCUUCACCUUCACCAUCUUGGGAAACCUGAUCAUCAUUUCUGUCGUGGUGACCGACCCUCGCCUGCACACCCCCAUGUAUUUUUUCCUUGGGAACCUCUCUGUCCUGGAGAUCUUCUUCACCUCAGCCAUUAUCCCCAAGAUGCUGGCCAAUCUGUUGGCCAAGAGGAAGACUAUUUCGUUCUCCGGCUGCAUCGCUCAGUGUCACUUCUAUUUCUUCCUGGGAUCCACGGAGCUGCUCCUCCUGGCGGUGAUGUCCAUCGACCGUUAUGUGGCCAUUUGCAACCCACUGCGCUAUGUUGCCAUAAUGAACACCCGCGUCUGCAUCUCCCUGGUACUUGGCUGCUGGCUGGGUGGGUUUGUGCACAUCCUGUGGCCGACAGUGGUGAUAUCCCAGCUCCCGUACUGUGGCCCCAAUGUCAUCAACCACUUUUUUUGUGACAGCACUCCACUGCUGAAGCUGUCCUGCUCUGACACACGCCUCAUCGAACUCGUGGACGUGGUUCUCGCCUCCGUUAUGCUCGUGGGCACCCUCGUGGUCAUCACGGUCUCCUACAUGUACAUUAUCUCCACCGUGCUUAAGAUCCCCUCAGCCACCGGGAGGCGCAAGGCCUUCUCUACCUGCGCCUCACACGCCACUGUGGUGACAAUCUAUUAUGGCAGCUCCAUCUUCAUGUAUGCCCAGCCAGCACAGAGCUCUGCCCUGGAAUUCAACAAAGUGGUGGCAGUGUUAACGGCAGUGGUCACGCCGUUCCUGAACCCCCUCAUCUAUAGCCUGAGGAAUGAGAAGGUGAAAGAGGCCCUGAAAGAAAUGGUGAGGUGGAAGAGCACUUCCCAAAGAAACAUGGAACCUUUGAUCUGA